AAUUUUAACAUAUUAGAAGGCAGAACACGCUAAGAUGAAAUACAUAUAAAGAAUAUUUGUAUUGCAAUUAAUGAUUGUUAAUAUUAAAAUAAUUGUACUUAAUUAUAUUGUUAAACAUUAUUGGAUUGAACUCUACUGAAUCAGUUGUGUAGACGAAAAUAGUAUAUAAAAUAAGAAAAUGUAAAAAUGUCGUGUUUCAAAUCAUACAAGAAUUUAAACUAGCACAAUAUUUAUAAUCUUACAUCUAUGUUCUAAACAUUUUUAUUAGAUUCAUUUUCACGCUUAAGUAAGGCUACGUAGAAAUUACAAUUUUUUAUAAACUUACUACAUGCUUCUGCUAUGUAUGUAAAUUUUUCAAUUUUUAUACAAGUUCAUAUUAAAUUAUGUACACAUUUUAAUAUCAGUAAUAUUUUUUUUAUAGACUUUUUAUAUUACGAAUUACAUAAAACCUUUACUAACACAUUAUACAAAUUUAUCCAUAAUAACUCUUAGAAGUAUACAUCUGAGUGGGUCCUGCCUUGCAAAUUAAAUCAAUAAUUCGGUACCUUUAAAAAUAUUUUAUAAUAUUAUUUUGAAACCAAAACGAGAAUCGCUUUAUUUAAUUGUGUAAUAUAUUUUUUUUUAAAUUAUUAAAAUAAAUUUUUAAAUGACAUUGAUUUUUUUAUAUGGUCACAUAAAAUUGUCUUGUUUGACUAAUAUUUCAGAACGUAAUACUUUUUAUUUAUACGCUGUCAUAUGAUACUAUAUUUGCACUAAUAUAUUCUUUUAAUGAAUAUUUCAAAUAAUAUAUUACAUUAAAUGUAACAGGAAUACUCGAAAUAUGCACACAAAUUUACUCAGAGAGAGAGAGAGAUACACAGACACACACCCACACACAGUCACGCGUAUAUAUGAUGUAGGAUACCACGUGAAUGUACAAUAACUUAUCUUUGUCUCUUGAAAGAUAUAUGUGAUUUUAGUAAGAAAAUAUUCAUUUAUGUAUAGAAUUUUUCUAUGCAAUGUUUUCUUACAAGAACGCAAAACUUCUUCAAAGAGAACGAGCGGCGUCAGCAUCUGAUGUAAAACUAUAUGAUUACAUCAAAGAUGAAGUAGGUUACAGACUGUCAGAUAGAGUAUUUGAUAUAAAGAGAAAAUUCAAUAAAGCACUUGACUUAGGAUGUGGUCGUGGUCAUGUGUCCAAACACCUCUCUGCGGAGUCCAUAGAAGAAUUAAUUUUAAUGGAUAUGUGUCCAAGCUUUUUAGAUCAAGCGAAGAUUGCAGAAGGAAUUAAAGUAACAAGAACAGUUAUGGACGAGGAAAAUUUUUCAUAUGAACCGGACAGUCUAGAUUUAGUCAUAAGUUCAUUAAGUCUUCACUGGGUGAACAAUUUGCCAGGCUGUUUUGCAAGUAUCAAUAACAGUUUAAAGAAGGAUGGAGUAUUCUUAGCAGCUAUGUUUGGUGCAGAAACAUUAUAUGAAUUAAGGAGUUCUUUGCAGUUAGCAGAGUUGGAAAGGGAUGGUGGGAUUUCAGCUCACAUUUCACCAUUUGCUGAAAUUAGAGACAUUGGAACCUUGUUAAACAGAGCAAAAUUUACAAUGUUGACAAUUGAUACAGAUGAAAUAACUAUUGGCUAUCCAAAUAUGUUUGAGUUAAUGUGGGAUUUAAAAGGAAUGGCUGAAAAUAAUGCAGUUAUUAAGCGAAAAUUACGUUUAAAUAAAGAUACUCUACUUGCUGCUUCUACAAUAUAUAAUGAACUGUAUGGAAAAACUAAAGAAGAUGGUACAACAUUUGUACCUGCAACAUUUCAAAUAAUUUACUUAGUAGGUUGGAAACCAGACCCUUCACAACCAAAACCACUAGAAAGGGGCACUGGAGAAGUAUCACUCAAGGAUUUAUACAAAUUAGAUGAGAUUAUAAAAGAUACUAAAAAAAUUAAAAUAGAUGAAGAUAAGUGAGAUGUAAAUCAUUGUAAAUAUUUAGUAAAGAAAUUGGUA